AUGGCAAGUUUGUGUAAUAGUAGCAGUACCACUCUCAAAACUCCUUUCAUUUCAUCCAAUACUUCUUUAGGUUCCACUCCUAAGCCCUCUCAACUUUUCCUCCAUGGAAAACGUAACAAAACGUUCAAAGUUUCAUGCAAGGUUACCAAUAAUAACGGUGACCAAAACCAAAACGUUGAAACGAAUUCUGUUGAUCGAAGAAAUGUUCUUCUUGGCUUAGGUGGUCUUUAUGGUGUUGCUAAUGCUAUACCAUUAGCUGCAUCCGCUACUCCAGCUCCACCUCCUGAUCUCUCAUCUUGUAGUAAUGCAAAGAUUAAUGCAACUACGGAGGUGCCAUACAGAUGUUGCGCUCCCACGCCUAAAGAUAUGAAGAAAGUUCCAUAUUACAAGUUCCCUUCUAUGACUAAGCUCCGUAUUCGUCCCCCUGCUCAUGCUCUUGAUGAGGCCUAUAUUGCCAAGUACAAUCUGGCGAUUAGUCGAAUGAAAGAUCUUGAUAAGACACAACCUUUAAAUCCUAUUGGGUUUAAGCAACAAGCUAAUAUACAUUGUGCUUAUUGUAACGGUGCUUAUGCUAUUGAUGGCAAAGUGUUACAAGUUCAUAACUCAUGGCUUUUCUUCCCGUUCCAUAGAUGGUACUUAUACUUCUACGAAAGAAUCUUGGGAUCACUCAUCAAUGAUCCAACUUUCGCUUUACCAUAUUGGAAUUGGGAUCAUCCAAAGGGCAUGCGUUUCCCUCCCAUGUUCGAUAUUCCAGGGACUGCCCUUUAUGACGAAAGGCGUGGUGAACAAAUCCAUAAUGGAACCAUUAUAGAUCUCGGUUCUUUUGGGGAUCAAGUUCAGACAACUCAACUACAGUUGAUGACUAAUAACUUAACGCUAAUGUACCGUCAAUUGGUAACUAAUGCUCCAUGUCCUCUUAUGUUCUUUGGUGGACCUUACACUCUCGGGAGUGACGUUGAAUCACCGGGAACUGUUGAAGUCAUCCCUCACAGUCCUGUACACAUUUGGGCUGGUACAAGACGAGGUUCCAUUUUGCCUGAUGGUAAAACAUCAAACGGUGAGGACAUGGGUCAUUUCUACUCAGCUGGUUUAGACCCAGUUUUCUAUUGCCAUCACAGCAAUGUGGACCGGAUGUGGAAAGAAUGGAAAGCAAUUGGAGGUAAACGAACAGAUAUCCAAAACAAAGAUUGGUUGAACUCCGAGUUCUUUUUCUAUGAUGAAAGUGGAAAUCCCUUCAAAGUGAAAGUCCGAGACUGUUUGGACACGAAGAAGAUGGGAUAUGAUUACGAACCAAUGCCUACCCCAUGGCGUAACUUCAAGCCAAAAACAAAGGCUUCAGCUGGGAAAAAAGUGAAUACAAGUUCAAUUCCUCCCGUAAGCCAGGUAUUCCCAUUGGCUAAACUCGAUAAAGCAAUUUCGUUUUCCAUCAAUAGGCCUGCUUCGUCAAGGACUCAACAGGAGAAAAAUGCACAAGAGGAGAUGCUAACGUUCAAUGAAAUAAAGUAUGAUAACAGAGAUUACAUAAGGUUCGAUGUGUUCCUGAACGUGGAUAACAAUGUGAAUGCGAAUGAGCUUGAUAAGGCAGAGUUCGCGGGGAGCUAUACUAGCUUACCACAUGUACACAGAGUUGGGGAUACUAAUCAUACUGCAACUGCUACUCUCCGGUUGGCGAUAACAGAACUGUUGGAGGACAUUGGUUUGGAAGAUGACGAGACUAUUGCGGUGACUCUGGUACCAAAGAAAGGUGAUAUUUCCAUUGGAGGUGUGGAGAUCAAGCUUGCGGAUUGUUAAUUAGUGUGGAGUGAAUCUGCUGAGAUUACAUGAGUUGAAUGAUAUGAUCUGUUACGAUUCUGUUUCUGUUUAUUGGUUUGUCUGUUUGUUUGCUUUUAAUUUUCAUGUU